AUGUCAACUGAAGGGGUUGAUUUUGCUGGAGAUGAAAUCAGAUCCUUCGAACCGAAGGAAAUUGAUGAUGAAGUUGACAAGGCAACUAGGUCAUUGUACGACCACCUUUCGGUCGAGGAUGAAGCCCAGAGGUUGUUGAAGGAGAUCAGAAUUGCUAUGGAACAAGUCAAAGAAUCAAAAUUUUACGCCAAUUUAACCGAGCAGAUUAAAGGAGAUGCAUUCCAGAGCCAACUCAAGCGGGUCUUGGGGCCUAAUCAUUCUCAGUUGGAGAUGGUUAUCUAUGGUUUAGGUGGCUUGGAGUUUAAUUUCUCUCCUCACCAUCAACUAGCCAUUGCCUUGCUACUGAAACAAGAUUUUUGCUGGUGGAUUGAGAGGAUACAAGUGUACGAUCCCGUUUUCUCCCCUGCAGACGUUCUUGUCUUGAAAGAAUUAGGAUGUGAAGUUCUAUCACUCAACGAAAGAUUCUCAACUUGA